UAGAAAACAAGCCGAGUUAGCAGACGUCGACGGAGAUGCGUCACAGGGAAACUCGCUGGAUUUGGAACUGAUUUCUAGCUCCAUUUCAUGCGGUGAUGCGUUAUAUUUGUGUUUGAAACAUUGUUCAUAAUUCAUUGACAUUAGUAUUUUGAGUUUUAGACAAACUUUGUUUCAGAACAAGUGAAGAGAAGGCGUCAAAAUGAGCGCACAUCGACGGGGUCGGGUAAGUCCGUCUCCGAGACCCUCUCCGCGGCCUGGCUCCAGCGGAGGACUCUCGGUUCAAGAUGAGCUGGAGAUGGAUAAAAUUGAAGAUGAAAUGCGACGACCGGGCAGCGCCAAUUCUCGACAUGCCUGGAACGACAACGAUGGUUUUGACAUGGGAACGGAAGAAAGGGACGUUCAUAGUAGUUUUGCUCAGAGGGAAUACGAUGACGACGAAGGAGAGGAAGAUGACAGCGAAGACACUGACGAGGAUCAUGCCCCAACAGCCAUGGAAAAUGAGGUCUAUGUUGGAGGUCAAAUCAGGGCAAUUGAUCCGAAAAUUGCCAAGGCUAAAGCCGAAGAGCAGAGGGCAAGUUGUUGGGUGAAAAUUGGUCGUGCAUUAAGAUCUCUUUGGAGAACUAGGCAGACUGAAGAUACGUCCGUUGAUAAGGAGCUUCAUGUGAAAACGACCCUUAGAGAACUAGCCAUCUAUCUGGUGUUCCUUGUUGUCAUCUGUAUUGUGACUUUCGGCAUGACAAGCUCUCACAUGUACUACUACACCAAGGUGAUGUCAGAGCUGUUUCUGGAUUCCCAAUUCCCUGAUACCAAGAACACUUUCCGAGGAAUGACAACCAUGCAUGACUUCUGGAGAUUUGCUGAGAACCCUUUGAUGGAUGGCCUAUACUGGGAAAAAUGGUACAACAAUGAGAACGUGACAGAAGACGAACUUGGCUACAUCUUCUACGAGAACAAACUGCUGGGCGUGCCGCGUAUCCGGCAGCUGAAGGUUAAGAACGACUCCUGCAUCGUCCAUUCCGACUUUGAAGCGAAUAUCAACACCUGUUACGCCGGUUACUCUGAAAGCUUGGAAGAUACACAAACCUUCGGCCUCAAUAAUGGUUCUGCCUGGGUGUACAGCACAGAGGAGGAUCUGGAUGGUUCUGGUCACACUGGAAUGAUAACGUCCUACGGAGGAGGUGGUUUCUAUGCUGACCUCAAGAAGACCAAAGCGGAAUCUCUCGACAUCAUCAUGACCCUGAAAGACAACCUCUGGCUGGAUCGAGGCACCAGGGUCGUUUUCGUUGACUUCACGGUCUACAACGCCAACAUCAAUUACUUCUGUAUCAUUCGACUCACUGUGGAAUACCCGCCGACUGGGGGCGCUAUCCCAUCCUACAAGUUUCGAACGGUGAAGCUGCUGCGGUACGUGACUGCAUUUGACUACUUUAUCCUGUGCUGCGAGGGUAUAUUCUGUCUGUACAUCCUCUAUUACAUGGUUGAGGAGAUCUUGGAGAUCAAGCGGCAUCGUUGGGCUUACUUCAAGAGUAGCUGGAACUGUCUUGAUGUCAUCAUCAUCUUUAUCUCGAUCGUUUGUGUGGCAUUCAGCUGCUACCGUUACCUGACGGUGGCCAACCUCAUUGAAGGACUGCUUGCCCAGCCUGAUAUUUACCCUGAUUUUGAAUACAUGGGAUAUUGGCAAGAUCUAUUUAAUAACAUCAUUGCUGUCAAUGUCUUCUUGGCUUGGAUUAAGACUUUCAAGUACAUCAGUUUCAACAAGACUAUGACCCAGCUGUCCUCCACCCUGUCCCGCUGUGCCAAGGACGUGGGAGGCUUCACCGUCAUGUUUGCCAUCAUCUUCAUGGCCUACGCGCAGCUUGGUUACCUGGUCUUUGGGACGCAGAUCAAGGACUUCAGCAGUAUCGGUUCCUGCAUCUAUACACUGUUCCGUAUCGUCCUUGGAGAUUUCAACUUCCAUGAGUUGGAGGCUGCCAAUCGAUUCAUGGGGCCAAUCUUCUUCUUGACCUAUGUGUUCGUGGUCUUCUUCGUUCUGUUGAACAUGUUCUUGGCCAUCAUCAACGAUACCUACAGCGAAGUCAAGUCCGACAUCGCCCUUCAGAAGUCCGAGUUCGAGAUCACUGACUACUUCAAGAAGGGUUACGAGAAGAUGGUCGGUAAGAUCAAUUUCAAGCGAGAUAAGAUCGCCGACAUCCAGGAGGCCCUGGCUCAUGCUGAUCACAAUGCCGAUCAACAUCUGGACUUUGAUGAAUGGCGUCAGGAACUCAAAUGCCGUGGCCAUGCCGAUGCUGAGAUUGAGGCUGUGUUUGCCAAGUACGAUGUCGAUGGUGAUCGCGUCCUCGAUGCUGAAGAACAGAUGAAGAUGGCCCAUGACUUGGAAGGCCAGAAGACCGAUCUGAACAAUCAGCUGGCAGAGUUGGAAGACGCCAAGGCCAACCACCGUCCGACCACUGCCCGUAGCCGCAUGAGCAUCAAUGAUGACGAUGAUGACGACGACGAUGAGGAGGGUGGUGGUCGCCGUCGCGGCGGUGGUGGUGGCGGCGGGGUCGCCUACGAGGAAUUUGUUGUUCUGUCCCGCCGUGUUGACCGUAUGGAGCAUUCCAUCGGUAGCAUCGUGUCCAAGAUUGAUGCCGUCUUGGUCAAGCUGGAAGCAAUGGAACGAGCCAAGCUGAAACGUCGUGAGACCAUGGGCAAACUGCUUGAUUCGAUUACCGAGGAGCGUGAAAUCAAGAUGGCUUACAAGCAAGGAACUGGAGGACUGCCACGAUCUUCUUCAUCCGCAUCUCAGUAUAGCGAGAUGGAUGAAGAUGAGGAUGAGCAAGGCAACGUUGACAAGCGUGAGAAGAUGGAGAAGCUCGUCCGGGAGGAGCUCGAACGCUGGGACUCGGAAGCGUCCCUCUCCCAGGCCAGUCGCAGGGCUGGAAGCCGUCCCGGGAGCUCCCAGAGAUCUCGCCCUCCCAGCUCUAUCUCUCACCAAGUUGGACUCGCGGAUCACACCAUCAACACAAGCAAUGUCUAAUUGUUCAACCAUCCAACACCCAUCCUCCACUCGACUGGACUAGAAUUACAUCGAGCUAAUACAAAUCAAAUAUACCAAGAACAAGAAAGAGAUCAAUAGAAGACUGAAGAACAAAACACAGUGUAAUGAAUUACUAUUUCUACUAUGGUUUGUGGAUUGUUUGUUUUUACAUGGGCAAUACAUACAGAGUUAGUACAGUUGAAUUUCCAACCUAGCCAGCCAAGUUAUUUUAAAAUUGCACAAUUUUUUAAGGGAAAGGUAAGGAGUUUUGUAUAUUUUAUGUUUUAAUUUGACAAUCAUAUUAACUGGCAGUCUCAAACUGAUUAAUUUUUUUGAAGACAAUAACACUUGGGAGGGGGGUAUUGCAAACAAACAAACAAAAAUAUGUUUUAAGGAAUAUUUGGUUGUGCUGGUUUGGAUUCUGAUGAUAUUGAAUAAUUCAAACGAAAAGGCUUUUAUGUUUGAGAACAGAGAAUAUAUUUAUUGAACAUGUAAAUAAUUAUUUGUAGAACAGUGGACAUGUGAAAAUGAAGUACUUGUGUUAGGCAAAAAAUGUUUAUUAGAAUGUUAUGGAGUCAAAAUGGAUUGAUUUAUUUAUUAUGGUUACAAAAUUUUGUGAAUUUUAUCCUUCUUGUGCCAAGUUAUCAAUGUAUAUAUGUAUUCUAGUCAUUGUAUUUCUUUCAAUGCUUACAGAUUCGUACUUCAAGCAUGCAUUAUUUGCACCACAACUAUUCCUUUAAUCCUAUUUCCUUUUUACCUGUGUAAACAUUACAUUCAUCAGACCUAUGUUUUGCAAAAGAUGGAAAUGUAUUUUUCAAGAGAUAUAUUUUCUUUUUUUUUUUUCUUUUAGUUAUGUGUACUUUUCUUUAAUGUCUAUUUUGCCACACUUCUAUCUGUUCUACAUGUAUAUAUACAUGGUUUAUGUAUAGUCUAGUUUUCAAAGAGAGGAAUAAAAUUGUUUUUCCACACGUGUACAUUCCAUCCAUCCUAGUAAAUCUUUAUACUAUGCUCUGUUUAUAAAACAAAUGAUCUUCUUUUCAUGUUUCUUAUUCUGAAAUCUUAUCCCAUGUUGUAUCCUAUGCUGUCUAUGAAGUAUUGAUAUAUCACAGUCGCUUUGAGUAUAUUAAAAUGUAGGUUUUUCUUCCUAAAUUCUCUCAAUCUUCCCUAUUUCUUCCAAAACUUUUGUGCCUGCCUUCUUCAACCUCUUUAUUUCUCAUCAGUAUGUAAAUUAAUAGAAUGUAUUUUGAACACGAAAAGAUAUUUGAAUAACUUUUUUCGCCAUUGUAAUGUGGAUAUACAUGUACCAUUCCAAAUUUCUGAGCUUUAUGUAGUAUAUGACUUUUAAUGGCUUUAUAUCUGUUGUAAAUAUUUGUAGAGCAAUAUAUCAAUUGUAAGAUUUCUUUAAAGAUCAAGCUUUCUUAACAAACUAGUUCAGGGCUCUGUAACUAAGGUUUACGAUGAAUUGCAAAUAUGAAAGAACCGCACUGAUUGGAUCCCAGUCAGUAUUUUAAACAGAGUGCGCAUGCAACAAUGAUCUUGAUUGGUCAAUGGUAUUUAGCGAUUGAUUGCAAACAUUUGUGUUACGAAGCCCUGGUUCUCUAAAGGUCCUGUUACACAAAACUUAGUGACUGUUCAUGUAAUUGAUUUUUAUGAUUGAUUUAACAUUGUGGUGAAUGCAUGAUCAAUCAUAUUUUCUUAUGAUCUAUUGCUAAGCAUCGUGAUACAGGGCCCUAGAUUUUACUUUGAAAAUUAAUGUUAUACAAAGGAGCAUAAGAACAAUAUCCUGUCAAAGAAAACGAACAAAUUUUAAUGUUUUGUAUAUUAUUGGAGGAUUUUUUCAACGACAAAAAAUGUUUUGAAGGUUUGAUUCCAGUAAGUAAAUGUUUAAAACUUUUGAUCUAGCCUUUAAUUAGUUACUUGAAUGUAUAAUCAUUAUGUCUGCCUGUAAAUAUUUGCAGUGCAUAGUAUGUGUAAACUUGCCAAAUUCAAACCAUACAUUAUUUUUCCUUCAUUGGACAAAAAUCAAUUGGACAACUUUAAAUGAUUUUGAAACUACACAAAGAUUUUGCUUAAAAUUCAUAAACGUUGACCCAAAAAAUUACCUCAGUAAAGAGAAGAUUAAUAAUAUAUAUGAAAGCAGUGAUCAACAUCAGUCCAAAUUUAAAUGAUUUUUUUCUUCAGGUAUUUCUUAUUUAACUGUUCUUUAAUUGGGAAUCUUUCAUGUGAAACUGAUCAUUUUAUGUACUAUACUCAAGAAUGAUAUCACUAAAAUCAUUUUAAAAAAUCAUAAGAAUUGUAUGGUAAAUUUUAAAUGGCAUUAAUGUACGUUAUUAGCUGGCACAAGAUUGUAACAAUCUUCAUCUUUUUAAAGACAUGAAGAGCUGAAAUGAGUUUGAAUGUAUGCACAGGUGUAGUCGGUGUUCAUAGAACUACAGUAUAUACAUGAAUAAGUGUAUGUGGUAUAUUCUGGACUUAUAUAUAGGUUAUAUAGGCUGGAUCAUAUUUGAGCUGAACAAAAACAAACAAAAAAUGUAAAUAGUUGAUACAUGUAGUUGCUUCUUGUAUUCAAUUUAAAGCACAAGCUGCACAUCUUCAGCAUAGAUCCUUUUUUUUGUCUGGUAAAUACCAACAAAAAUAAAUUUAAGCUAUAUGUACUUUAUCCCUAGAAGUUAAAAUUAUUUUCCAUGUAAUGUUUAUUCCAGAAAGCAGCUUUUCUUUUGAAUAUCCAUGUUUUUGUUUCUUUUAUCCGAAGAAAUAUUGAAAGUACCAAUAUUUGAUUAACCCAUCCCAAUUUGUGAUGCCCUGUUCAUUGUCCGUUGAAACCCAAGGAAUUUUUAUUUUUCUUAACCUUACCUUGAAGAAAGUAUUGUUCAGAGAGAAACGUCUUCUGCGAAUCUCUCCAUUUUUGUUAGCUUUGUUGAAUAUACAUGUCCAGAAUUUUAAGUUUACUGGACAAAAUUGAGAUUUCAUGCAUAACACCUUGAAAAUGUCCCGUCCAUAUUUUGUAUUCAUUCUUUUUAUAGAACAUGCCUUUCUAGGAAUAAUAAGUAAUGACAAAAGCAGACCUACCUUUGAUGUUUUAAGUGUACCCCCUCUUGAUUGCACAUUAUAACUUUUAUCAACGAACCAAAGUACCGUAAAAAAAAAAGACAAAAAUGCUGUGUGAUAAAGCUAUAUUACUGCUAUCUUAUUUUAAACAUUGAUCUUAACUGAAAGGAAAUUCUAUUACAGUUUUGAAUUGAAAACGUUCUAUACAGGUUAUUGAAUGUAGAAAAAUAAUUUGAAAAUGCCGUCUUUAAAAAGUUUUGAAAGCAACACUCAACCUUGAAAUGAACUGUUCUGGAUGUAAAGAGGAUUUUCAUUUAAAAGGAGAGAAUAAUUCUAGAUAAAGCCGUCCUAGUUUGUUAAGUUUCAAAUUUGUUGAAUAUGAAAUGUUAUGCAAGUUAUAUAUCACCUUGAAUUUUAUUGUUUGGUCUUUUUUUAGUAAAACAAACAGGUGAAAGUUGUUUCUAAAGACGUUUGAAUGCAUCCAAUACAUUUAUUUCCUUUGUAAAUCGCCAGAUUAUAAAAAACGGUAGCCUGGCAUGCAAACUGUGUCCAGAAAAAUACCCAAUUGGUUAAUUGAAAGUCAAUGUCACAUAACAAAUUGUUGAACAACAGAAUAUACUGAAAAUGCUUGCAGGCUGAAAUUUUUGUGGAUUUUUCAAGGAUCUGAAAUUAUUUUUGACCGAAUUGAAGAACAAAUUGGCUGACAUUUGGCUGAAAUUUUGGUAUAUUCUAAAUAUUUGCCUUUGUUUGAACUGUAAAAUCAAAUGCAUUUUUUUUAUUGUUGCAUGAACAAAAUCAGAACUUACACUGUGCCUUGAAAUAUACCCAUGUUCUUUCAGAAAAUUUACCUUGAAUUUUGUGCUCUUGAUGACACAUUUGUGGCAAAAGAUAUUUUACUACAGAAAUAACUGGCUAUUUUAACCAGAGUCAAUGGCAGAAUUGGAUUUUUCAGUUUUUAACACUUGUUUUUAUGAUAAAGUUUAAGGCAAUCGGCCGCUGAAGUGUGCUUAUUCAGAUUCAAUAUACUUGCUUCAUGUACUCCCAAAUUAUCUCUUCAAUAAAACUAUAUGUUAUAGUACCCAA